CUGCACCGUCUUGCUGCUUGUAGACAACACCUCACUGUCCUUGAGCUGACACACGCUCGAGCCUGUAGGGUCUGAAGGUGCUCGAUCACUCUUCUCAAGACAUGCCGUCCUCUACUCGCGAAGAGGAGUCUCCCACAGACAGUCUCGACGACUACAACAGGCUCGCAGGAUCUAUUGAGCGUAUCGAUACACCAUUAAGAUCCAAGCGCACGUCGCAUGGCUUCUCUAGAACCGAUAGUCCCUCUACAAAGACACUACAACUCGCAAUGGGACUCUGGCCACGAACGCCAUUACGCGAUGCCACAUGGAACAACAUCACUGCACAUGCACGGACGACGGUCAUUUACAACUUGGAAAAGGCUGUCUCUGUGCUGGGACGAGCUCAUGGACAUUGGAUUGCCUUGAAUAUCUGCCAGCACCACGCGAAGGUGGUGAAUGAAGCGGUGAAAGUGUCUCUAGAGACUACUACUGCUGCUUCUUCCCAAGACGAUGAUGUCAGCCACGAGCACGACGUUGCCCAUGGAGUGUCAUCUGCUCGCGUCGAUAACGAGAAUACCCGCUGCGAGACACCCGCUUCCGUCCUGUCUGAAGACGAUGAUAUUGACGAGGCUGCAUCGAGAGUUUUGCAGCCAACUUUGUCUCAGCACAAUGUGAGCCUUUUAUGCGGAGCAGACAUUGGCUAAUAGCGUCAAGCAAACAAGAGCUAUCAUGUUUCCAAGAAGUCAAGCAAAGAUCGAUCUGCCUCCUCGUCUCGCAAGGUUUGCAAUUCUGCUACUCCUACCAUGACAUACUAACGAUGCAAUUUUAGUUUGGAAGAACAUCAAAGCUAUCACGCAGAGCACAGGAUGCUGAGCAAGGCAGCGCUACUCUAAUCAAGGGAAAGACUGCAGCAUCACAAGCAAAAAAGGCGCGCAAGUCUGCCAAGAAGGCCAAGAAAGCGGCA